UGCGGAGCUGCGAGAGCAGCGAGAGCAGGAGAAGCGCGGAUAUCUCGUCCACCAUGUGAAAGAGGAGCGCCCGACGCCCCACUCCGAGGCUCCUUCCCCCCUGGUCAGAAGCUGGACUAGAUGAACCCCUUAUCCAAUCCUCUGAGGCUUCUAUUUCAUAUUAAGCUGCUCCCCAGAAAGUGUUGAGUAUUAGUAAUGCUGUGGCUACAAACCAACUUUCUUAGAAGUCCCAGCUAAGUUAUUCUGAGUAAUCAUGUAUGCAUGAGAUAUCUCAGUUAAAAGGUGGACCUUAAUGACCCUCUAAGCACACUGAUGAAAUGGAGCCUGGAACAAAUUCUUUCAGAGUGGAGUUCCCUGACUUCUGUAGCACCGUUUUGCAGAAGCUGAACCAGCAACGCCAGCAAGGGCAGCUCUGUGAUGUUUCUAUUGUUGUUCAGGGACAUUUGUUCCGAGCCCACAAAGCUGUCUUGGCAGCCAGCUCCCCUUACUUCUGCGACCAAGUGCUCUUGAAAAACAGUCGACGGAUUGUUCUGCCUGACGUCAUGAACCCCAGAGUGUUUGAGAACAUCCUUCUGUCAACUUACACUGGGCGUCUGGUGAUGCCUGCGCCAGAGAUUGUCAGCUACCUCACAGCGGCAAGUUUUCUUCAGAUGUGGCACGUGGUAGACAAAUGCACUGAGGUGCUGGAAGGAAACCCUUCCGUUCUUUGUCAAAAGUUGAAUCGUGCCAGUGACCACCAGUCCCCCAGCAGCAGUAACUACAAUGGCCUGGUGGAGAGCUUUGAGAUAGGGUCUGUGGGGCAGGCAGACUUCCACAAAGUGCAGGAUGGUGAAAAUGAAGAGGAAAGCUCGAAAGAUGAACUGCUGUCUCAACUCACAGAACAUGAGUAUCUCCCCAGCAAUUCUUCAACGGAACAUGACCGUCUGAGCACAGGGAUGACAAGCCAGGAUGGAGAGGAAGGAGCAAGCGACAGUGCUGAGUAUCAGUACGCCAGGCCCCUUUACAGCAAACCGAGCAUCAUGUCUCACAAGCGGUGGAUCCAUGUGAAGACAGAGAGGUUUGUGCAGGACUGCGAAGGGGUGGAGGUGCAUGGCCCUUACGAUGAGCAGCAGGUGUCUGAAUCCAUGAAUGCCAUUCAGGUGAGCCACUCUGUCCCGACGUCUGGCCCCGAAGACCUUCGUGUCAAUGAAAAAAAGAUGGAGACAGAGUUUGGUGAGCAAGCCAAUGAAAGCAAUUACGAUGAGCAAGUGGACUUCUACGGCUCUUCCAUGGAAGAGUUUUCUGGGGAAAGGGCCGAUGGGACACUCAGCCUUCAGAGACAGGACGCUGGGGUUGCUGCAGGUUAUGGAGAUAGCAUGGACGUUCCCUCAGGGAUCAAGGAAGAAAAUGCCCUGUCUGGGUUCUCCACAGCUGACAAACUUUACCCCUGCCAGUGUGGCAAAAGCUUUACCCACAAAAGCCAAAGGGACCGCCACAUGGGCAUGCACCUCGGCCUGCGGCCUUACGGUUGUGGCGUGUGUGGUAAGAAGUUCAAAAUGAAGCACCACCUUGUUGGCCACAUGAAAAUUCACACGGGCAUCAAGCCUUAUGAGUGCAACAUUUGCGGGAAAAGGUUCAUGUGGAGGGACAGUUUUCAUCGGCAUGUAACGUCUUGUACAAAGUCAUACCAAGCCUGUAAGGUGGAGCAGAACACUACUGAGAUGAAUUGAAAACAGGUGCCAGGCAGUGGGGUGGGGAGAGUGUAUGGGAAGGGAAAAGGCAGAGAGAACCAGAUUACAUAACUGCAUCAUAGAGUAACAGAGGAAUGUAUAUGUUGCACAGAGUGUGCCAUGUACUACGCUGCUGAGAUUCUGAAUGGUGGUUUUUUUUAAAAAAAAUCCUAUAGCACAAGUGGGAUCACCUGUGGAGGCAAGCAGGGAAUUCUGCCCAGGCUACAAGUAAGGAGGCAAGUUUGAGUGGCGGUACUUUAGUGUAAUUAUAAUUAUUGCUAUUUAUUAUUCUUUGUGUUUUGGUAGCACUUGAGGAGAGGGGUUCCCUCUCGUCUCAUUAGUGUUCUCUGCUCUCAGUGAGUCUGCAUAUAGAUAGCUGCACAUCCUGAGCGCCUUGGUUGGAUGACUGUAGUCCCAUGUUCAGAAGUCCUUGUGAUUUUGUUCAGCCAAAUAGAUAUAUGAGCAGUUACCUUUUUUGAACCAAAGGGGCAAUUAUAGAUACUUUAACACAAGUUGCUAGACAACUUUCAGGGGCCGACAGCUUUAACAAGCGGCUGCUUUUUUAAUCAGUCAAGCUUUGAGUUCCAUUGACUGGCUCUGUUUAUCUUGGCAGAGUGAUUCUGCGUCAUGCUUAUUUUUUAAUUCUUUUGUAAAGCAGUUGGCUAUUUUGUGAUGGACACUUUAUAUAGAGACAGAUUAAACUAUAACCUCAUCUCUCUCCAACUCCUCAACCCCUCUCCCUCUUGUGCCUCAUAUAGCUAGCCAGUCUGCACUUUUGGCUGCCACAAUAGUGAGUAUCAUGUUUGCUCCCCAGUUGGAGAUUAAAAUGCUCUUUUUCUGGCACUUGAGAUUCCUGGCAGACAUUUGUCCAGUUUUCAUUUUUUUCUGUUUUGGGGUAUUUGCUUUGGGAAGUGUUGGUUAGGUACCAGGACUUCAGAGAACAAAAUCCAAUGUACUGAAUUCUGUGUCACGGUUUGCAAUGAACACUUUUGGUACUGAUCUCCUCACUUAACUCAGGUGGGGAGCCAUGAGGGACUGAGGCUGGGGAAACAGCUCUAAAGGAACUUACUCUGCAUCACUCUCUAAGGAAGCUGCUUGAUGAUUAAGAAUCAAAGAAUGGCUACUGCUGGAUGCUCCCCAACGGUGCUGUGCAGACAUCUCCAAACCUGAAAGCAGCUUAUGGAUUUCUGAACAUGAUUCUUAUCCUCUGUGAAGGAAGAAUUUUUAAACACUGGAUACCUUUUUUUGUAACCACAAGUAGUUUUAAAUUUUUAAAACUAGAACUGCUGUUAUAUUCCUUCCUUCUCACUCAUUUCGUCACCCCAACUACAGGGUGAAUGCACAAGAUGGAAGAAACUUGGAACGGUCAAAGCAUUUGUGCUGCUGUUUGAUAGUAAUUGGGGUGCAGAAAUCCCCCAUAUUUGCUGUGGACAGAGGUUGUCAUAUAUGUUGAUUGGCAAAUGAGGUGUUUCCUUAACAGAAUACUCUGCCAGUGCCAAGGAGGCUUGCUAGUGCCAAGGCAUGUCAUUCCGCCCCCCAAACUUCAGCCUGAAUAGAAAAAGAGGUGGGGAGAUUGGUGGACCUUGUGCAUAUUCACAUAGGCAAACAUUUCUGGGGUUAUUACCCUCUUCCCUUAACUACAGAGUUUAAACAAACUUUUCAUGUGAUAAGCUGGGCCUGGAAUAUGAGUGUCUGGCACAAAUAUGGGUUUGGUUGUUUGGUAAGGUUGUAGUGCUGCAACUUCUCCUUUGGUGGAACUAUUUAAUGGCUUUUACUUACAAAAAACAUGUUAAAAGCUUUUCUAAAUCAACACAAGAUCAAUUUUUGAUAUAUCUUUCCCCCCCUCAGUCAUCGGCAAUCCAUUUAUGAUAUUGUUGUUGUUGGCACAUGCAACAAGAAAUACCAUAAUCUGCUGUUUUCCCUGCUUAGAUGAGCUCAGCAGCUCACCAGGGCGGAAAUGGCUGUCACUAACUUGAACCCUACCAAACAAGUUAGCCCAACAGGGAUCUUCUUGCUAACACUGUAACCUGCUAAAUGUAUAGAAGCACUUUGUAUUUAAAAACAAAACAAAAACCAUUUAUAAAUUUUUUUUUAGAACUUCCAAGAUAGAUAUAUAUAUUCCCUCUGGUUUGUUUUCUUAUUCAUGUUGUCCGUUCAAUUUUUUCCUUGUCUUCAAUCUUGAAAUUUUAUAUUGAUAAGAAGCUUUUGGUUUAUAUGAGCACAGGGUCUGGGGUUUGUGUAAGAAGAACUGAUCCUAAGGGUCUGCUUUUAGUUUUGUCUUCUUU